AUGCCAACUUCAUCCAUGGCGGAUGAACUCAAUUCAGCAACAGAUCUAGCAAUUGGAUCAGGAUCAGGAUCGGUACAGCUAAUCGAUUAUCAUCAUCCUUUGUAUCUGAGUGCGUCUGAUGGACCAGGUUCAAUGCCAGUGGGAAUUCAGCUUGUCGGAAUGGAGAACUACAUGCUGUGGACUCGAGCAAUGAAAAAUGCACUCAUAGGGAGAAACAAAUUGGGAUUCGUAGAUGGAUCGAUCACUAGAUCAACAUAUGGAUCAGCGUUAGGACAUUUUUGGGAUCGCUGUAAUGCAAUUGUGGUUUCGUGGUUGACCAACAAUGUUAGUCGAGAUCUACUGAGUGGGAUCUUUUUUCGUUCAGAUGCCCAUCUGAUUUGGAAAGAGCUUGAAGAGAGGUUUAAUAAAAUCAAUGGUUCGAGGUUAUAUGCACUACACAAAGAGAUUUUCACAUUAACACAGGGGACACAUCCAGUCUCUGUUUUCUAUUGCAAGCUUAAAGAUCUAUAG